AUGUCUGGAUGGGUGACAGCGGUUAUGGACGCACUCAAUUAUGCGGGUGCAGUGAGCUUCACACCCGAAAAGGAUAUCCCAGACCUGACUGGAAAGGUCAUCUUGGUCACAGGUGGAAAUGCUGGGUUGGGCAAAGAAACAGUCUUCCAGCUGAGCAAGCACAACCCGCAGAAGAUCUUCCUCGGCGCGCGUUCAGAAGCAAAGGCAGAUGAAGCCAUCAAGUCGCUGAAAUCAUCCGUUUCAAAUGAUGUCGAAAUUAUCUGGAUACCGCUGGACUUGAUGUCGGGUAAAUCGAUCAAGAACGCAGCAGAGCAAGUCAACACCCACUCAUCCCAUCUCGAUAUCCUCAUCCUUAAUGCUGGUGUGAUGGCUCUGCCCCCCGGCGAGACUGAAAUGGGCCAUGAGAUCCAGCUUGGCACAAAUCACACCGGUCACUUCUAUCUCACCAAAUUGUUGCUGCCAAUACUGCUCAAUACAGCCAAGCAGCCUGGCUCAGAUGUCCGCGUCGUGUCGCUCGCUUCUGUGGGGCAUAAUUUCGCGCCGGCAUUCGAGAAAAUCUUAGACCAAGAGAAGCUUAAGAAGGUUAACACAACUGCUCGGUACGGAGCGUCAAAAGCUGCCAAUAUUCUUUUCGCCGCGGAACUUGCCAGGCGUUACCCGUCAAUAACAUCAGUGUCGGUUCAUCCAGGUAUUAUCUUAACGAACCUUUAUGGCUCUCUAAGCUCACGUUCUCCGUUUGUUGCUUUGGGCUCCAGGUUUUUGCGCUUAUCUGGCUCGACAGUGUACCAGGGUGCGUGUAACUCACUGUGGGCUGCUGCUGGCGCGAAGAAGGAGGAGCUCACCAAUGGAGGAUAUUAUGUGCCUGUUGGAAUUUUGAAGCGGCAAAACAAAUGGUCAAGCAGUGAGGAUAUGGGGAAGCGCUUGUGGGAGUGGACCGAGUUGGAACUUAUCAAGGCCAAUCUGUAA